AUGACAACAAAUACAACAACAGAUAACAAAAAAGAAUUCAAUAGAGAGGCAUCGAAAUUGAGAAACUGGGUUAAAGUUGGUAGUGAUCAAUUCCCACCUGAAUUAGAUCGUUAUCAUUUGUAUGCAAACUACACAUGUCCAUGGGUCAAUCGUGUCUUGAUCGUUAGAAAACUAAAGGGUUUGGAGCAUGUGAUCAGUGUCAGUAUUACCGAGCCGAGAUUGGAUGAGAAAGAAGGUUGGCCAUUCAACCCAGAGUUUGACGAGUUGACCACUGAAGAUAGUAUCAAUCACGCCAAGAACAUACCGGAGCUCUACAAGUUGUCCGACGCCAACUACCAAGGUCGCUACUCGGUGCCAAUCCUAUGGGACAAGAAGAAGUCGGUCAUCGUAAACAACGAAUCGUCGGAAAUCAUCAGAAUGCUAAACUCAGAGUUCAAUGCAUUCUCCAACAAUCCACAACUGAACUUGUUGCCCUCAGACCUAGAGUCAGAGAUUGAUAAAAUCAAUGAACUCAUCUAUGAGAACAUCAACAACGGUGUCUACAAAUGUGGAUUCGCACCCACACAAGAAGGAUAUGAUAUUGCAUUUGAUAAACUAUUUAAUACAUUAGAAUUAUUGGAGAAGAGAUUGGAUACCAAUAGAUAUUUGUUGGGUGAUAGAUUUACAGAGGCAGAUGUAAGAUUGUUUCCAACAUUGGUUAGAUUCGAUGCAGCUUAUUAUAAUGGAUUUAAGUAUAAGACUGCCGAGUCUGCAAAGCGUGCACUCGAAUCAAUGACAACAGAGAAGAAAGCGAUCGGUGGUAAAGUUCCAGAGCUCGCAAUCUUGGAAGAUUUCAAGGCAAAGGCAAAGAAUGGUGGUAGUAGAGGUGGUUUCAGAGGUGAUAGAGGUGGUAGAGGUGGUAGAGGUGGUUUCAAGUCACAUAAGAAACAAAGAAAUUAA